UUAUUGAGCUUAGCUAUGUCUUAUUGUUUUUUCUUUGUUAAUUUCUCUAUUUGCUGUUAUUUUGUGUUACUCUGGGUUGGUAUUCAGAGGCUUGUCAGGGAAAUUGCUCAGGACUUCAAGACUGAUCUGCGCUUCCAGAGCCAUGCUGUGCUAGCUCUGCAGGAGGCUGCCGAAGCAUACCUUGUCGGGCUCUUUGAGGACACUAAUCUCUGUGCCAUCCAUGCCAAGCGUGUCACCAUGUUAUGUAGCUUUCAUUUUGAACCCCAUAGCGUAGUAUGUAGCUUAGUGGGCGUGCUUUCUUUUGUUGCUGGAUAUCUUUGACUAAGGCUCUGGUUAUGCUCUCUGGUGUAAUGUUGUUAAAGACUUCAAUAGCAUUGUAAGACAUCUUGGUUCCUCCACCUGAGUG